GGGCUAGGAGGGUAUGAUGGGCCAAUGAUUGCACAAACUUCAUGAUCUGAAUCUGGGCCCACAUCAAAUUGUUGAUGGAUGGAAUUCGUCUCCAACGCAUGGAAUUUUUUUUUGGGCCUCAAAUAAUGUGCCAGGAUGUCUCUAUCACCUUUGUUACUCAAUUCUAUGGAGAGAAUUGGGCCGAUAAGAAGCUGCAUAUAUAUCAUUCAAGUGGGAAAAAAUGGGUCGUAAUGUUGAAACGAGUAAAAUGUAUGCCAGUCUUAACUGACGGCUGGCAAACAGUUGUUUCAGAACUUAAUCUUCAAAAGAAUUGUUUGCUGACCUUUCUUCCAUUGAACCAUUUUGGUCUCCAUCUUUCAUCUUAUGUUAACGGCGUGUGUGGUCAAUCUUAUUUCACAAUUAAUCAUCAUCUAAGAUUGGGUUUUACGAUCAUUGAAGAUUCUUUUGUUCAAGAAUGUUUUGAAGACAAUGUAGUGGCUGGCUCAUAUGAAAUAAAUUAUAAGGGUUCUUCGUGGACUGUGUCAACAAGUAAGUUUAAUUCAAGCUAUGUAUUUUCACAAGGUUGGACUCAACUUUGCAACGAUCUUGGCGUUCAAGAAGAUGACUUACUGGUUCUUGAAAAACUUGAUGAUGUUUUAUUUGGCUUAACCGUGUAUCUAGACGAGGUAGAGAUAAGGUUGAGCAAGAAGGUUGAAUCCGACGAUGAUGAUGUAUUUCAGAUCUCUAAGGCCGAUUACUUUAAAACGCUUUUGAAGGACAUAGAGGAGGAUGAUAACAUUUAUAUUCCUGAUGAAAGUCCAUCAGGAACAGUCCCGUCACGUACACCGAAGAAGGUUCAUGUUAAAGAGACGUUGAAAAAAGGUGAUGCUUCACAUUUCAAGACAAUGCAAGAUGUUAAAGGAAAAGGAAAAGCUAAACUUUUUGCCGACAGAUCCGACACAGUCGAGAAUUUGAACAAAGAAUGCAAACGCCGAAAACGUUCUACAAAAUCUGAUUCUAUUCCGUAUCGUCCAUCUGCUGAAACCGUCAAGUAUUAGAUAUUUAAUGUAUUUUUAUUAAUUUUACUAAUAUCCGUUUUUAUUGUCAUUAUUUGCUUAGUCAUAUUCAUAAGGUUUGAUAGAAAAUUUAUAAUUGUUGGUGAAUAAGAUGUUUAAAAUUCAAAUUAUAGAAUCUUUCA